UAAAUUUGAACACAAAGCCACUUCUCAGUUUUAUAAUAUUGAGGCACCGUAUAACAUCUAGGUCUUUAGCUGACAGAGAAGGGAAGGUUUUUGUAAGCAGGAAUCCAGUUAAGAACAUCGGAAGCUCUUCUGGCUCUGUGAUUCGUGUGCUAAUUGUGUGUGUGCUUUAGGGAAUACAGCAGAGGCAGUGUGCUUCCUGACUGUAGCCAGUGAAGAGACGCACACACACACACACACAGUGCUGCUUUGUGGAUAGCGCUUAAGUGGUUAAGCAGGAGCCUCAGCUGAGAAAAUGGUUUCAUUGUCACUCAGCUGGACUGGCCACCCAUAAGGACUAACACUGGCUAGUUAAUGCUUCAAGUGGAAAUGAUGACCUGCUCAAAGAUUGGAGCUCUUAUCUAAUGAAAAGGAAGAAACAGGAUUUUUUUUUCAGCUCAGUUUGAUUAAAGGUCUUACAUUGAAGAGAAAGUAUUCUAUUCACAAGUGAUUGGACGAGAGCCGUCUUUGCCCUUGGCAGCUGAAGAUGAUGUUGCCAUGGAAACCACUUUUCUUGCUAUCAUUUAUUGGCUGCCUUGCAGAGAGCAGUGUACCCCAUGGACCGGUUUGGGCUACAGAACCAAGCAAUCUUAUUCUCCCGAUUGAUUCUGAAUCACAGGAGGCAACACUGAAUUGUGAAGCGAUGGGGGAUCCUCCUCCGCAAUACAGAUGGAAGCUGAAUGGGGCACUCAUUGAUCUUAGCACUGACUACCGGCGUCGCUUGUCUGGAGGAAGCCUGUCAAUUAAAAGUCUGGACAAAAACCAGGAUGCAGGGAUAUAUCAGUGCAUAGCAACAAAUUUGUUUGGAACUAUUGUUAGCAGAAAAGCAAGCCUCGAUUUUGCAUACCUUGAAAACUUCAAAACCCAAACAAGAAGUGCAGUGUCAGUUCGAGAGGGACAAGGAGUUGUGCUUCUGUGUGGACCACCCCCUCAUUCUGGUGAUCUUACUUACGCCUGGGUCUUCAAUGAGUAUCCAUACUUUAUACAGCAGGACAGUCGUCGAUUUGUAUCUCAAGAGACGGGGAAUCUGUAUAUUGCGAAAGUCAAGCCAUCAGACGUGGGCAACUACACCUGUGUGGUGAUCAAUAGUGUAACGAAAGACAAAGUUCUGAGUUCACCUUCCCCUCUAGUCCUUCGAAAUGAUGGGGUGAUGGGUGAAUAUGAACCAAAAGUAGAAGUUCAUUUUCCGGACAUAGUUCCUGCAGCUAAAGGAUCUGUUGUUAAACUAGAGUGCUUUGCCUUGGGAAACCCUGUACCUGUGAUUAGUUGGCAGAGAACAAAUGGCCUUCCUUUUCCCAGCAAAGUAAAAAUCAAGAAGUCCAAUGCAGUUCUUGAGAUUCCAAAUUUUCAGCAAGAAGAUGCAGGGGCAUAUGAAUGUAUUGCUGAAAACUCAAGGGGCAAAAACAUGGCGAGAGGGCGUCUCUCAUUUCAUACAAAACCUCAGUGGAUACAAACACCUAAAGAUGCAGCUAUGGCCAUAGAAGACAGUAUUGUGUGGGAAUGCAAAGCUAGUGCAAAACCCAAACCUUCUUACAGUUGGCUGAAGAAUGGAGAGGCUCUUGUGUUAGAGGACAGGAUACGAAUAGAAAAUGGAGUUCUUUCAAUCGCUGCUCUAAAUCUGUCAGAUUCUGGAAUGUAUCAGUGUGUAGCUGAAAACAAACACGGCGUUAUAUAUUCUGGUGCUGAGCUAAGGGUGUUAGCGGCAGCUCCUGAUUUUUUUAAGAACCCGCUGAAGAACUUGCUUAAAGCUCGUGCUGGCAGUGAAGUCAUUUUAGAAUGUAAGCCCCAAGCUUCUCCCAGAGCAAUUAGCUUGUGGAAGAAAGGGAACGAGAUUCUGCACAGAAAUGAAAGGAUUACUGUUCUGGAGGACGGCACCCUUACCAUUGCAAAUGUUACUAAGUCAGAUGGCGGAAGCUACACCUGUGUAGCAAGGAACCAGUUUGGAGUAGCAAGUACCACAGGAACACUGCUUGUUACAGAUCCAACAAGAAUAACUCAGGGUCCUUCCAACAUGGAGAUAAUCGUGGGAGAAAGUGUAGUUUUGCCGUGUCAGAUUUCCUGUGAUCCAGCACUGGAUGUAUCAUUUACUUGGUCAUUUAAUGAGCAGUUUAUAGAUUUCAAGAAAGAUGGAACCCAUUUUGAAAAAGUGGGUGGGACUGUAGCUGGGGAUUUGAUGAUUAGAAACAUACAGCUAAAUCACGCUGGGAAAUAUGUCUGCAUUGUAAAUACAGAUGUAGAGAGUUUGUCAGCCGCAGCUGAUUUAAUUGUAAAAGGUCCCCCGGGUCCACCCGAGGCUGUGACAGUGGAUGAGAUCACAGAAACCACAGCUCAGCUAUCCUGGAAACCAGGCAGUGAUAAUGCAAGCCCUCUCACUGGGUAUUCCAUUCAAGGAAGCACACCGUACACAGUAGGCUGGCUGGCAGUUGACACAGUGCCCGAAGUCAUUGAUGGUAAUACAUUAACUGCCACCAUAGUGGAUUUAAACCCCUGGGUGGAGUAUGAAUUCCGUGUGGUUGCAAGUAAUAGUGUUGGAGUUGGAGAACCUAGUGCGGCAUCACUCAAAACCAGAACAGAGGAAGCAGUUCCUGACAUAGCACCUUCUGAAGUAGGUGGUGGAGGUGGCAUAAAAUCUGAACUCGUAAUCACCUGGGAGCCAAUCCCAGAAGAAAUGCAGAAUGGUGAAGGCUUUGGUUACAUUGUUGCUUUUCGACCCACUGGCACAGCAACUUGGACACGAGCGAUUAUAACAGCAUUGGGGGUUUCAACAUACAUCUUCAGAAAUGACACCAUUUUACCAUUUUCUCCAUUUGAAGUUAAGGUUGGGGCCUUUAAUAAUAAAGGAGAGGGGCCUUUCAGUUCUAUAACAACUGUAUUUUCUGCAGAAGAAGAACCCAACAAAGCACCUGACCGAAUUUCUGCCAAAGGGGUCUCAGCUUCGGAAAUUGAAGUUUCCUGGCAGCCUGUAUCCUCUAAGGAGACGACUGGAAGAGUCCUUGGAUAUGAGGUUUCACACUGGGAAGAUGAUACAAAGCCUGAGGCAACGGGCACAAUAAGAUUAACUGGAAAUGAGACGUCACUAAAUAUUACUGGAUUGAAAGGCAACACUUUGUAUUAUAUAGCAGUCAGCGCAUUUAAUACUGCUGGGACAGGUCCCUCUACUGAUUCUGUCAAUGCCACAACCAAAAAACCACCACCAAGUCAACCCCCAGAGAAUAUUGAAUGGAGCUUUAUCAACUCAAAACUUAUUUUAAACUGGGAUCACGUAAUAGCAAUGGAAAAUGAAUCUGAGGUUACAGGGUAUGAAGUUGUAUGCAGACGAUACCGACAUAAUAAUGAUGUAACUGCAGUGAAAACCAAUAGAACAGCAGUGGAGCUGCAGCUUUCCUCAAGUGAUGACUAUAUCAUAGAGGUUAAAACAUUAAGUGAUGGUGGUGAUGGCGUGAGCAGUGGACAGAUACGGAUUCAGACAUUAAGUAUGGGUGCCAGGGGUUCCAGUGCAUCAGCUUCAAAUGUCUCCACACUUUCAAUGUUUAUCGCAGUGGUACUUUCUUUCAUAGUCAGAUCAACUUUAUGAUACAAACUGAUUACUUGUGGUUCACCAGCAUACUCAAUUUGAUUCAUUCGUUUCCUGUCAAUGCAUCAUGCAUUACUUCAUCAAUAUACAGUAAACAUUGUGUUCUCUCAUUUGUUGUCUAGGUAACUCUACAAGAAUAAUGGCCUUAAUCUCAUUUGCAUACCAAAGUAGUUUAACAAAUUCAUUAAGUAUGGAUCAUUCAUUAUCGACAAUUUAUUUUAAAAAAAAGAAAGAAAAAAAAUGCUUUAUAUUAAUUAUAAUCUUAAGAGGAUCAAAUAUGUUGUCAACAGUUUAUUGAAUUUUAAAAAUAUCUGAAUUCAAGGCAGAAACAUAUGGCAGUGUACCAUCUAUUGAAAGGUUUACAGUAGCAAUAUAAUACAAACGUAAUAUGGAAAAAAAAAAAAAACAGAAUUUGUAUUUAUAUAUUUUUUAAAUGGCUUAAAGCUGUAAAUUAGUAUUACACACAUUUUAACUUUAGUGUGCAACUAGCUUAUAGUGUGUAUUACCUUUGAAUCAUAUGUAAAAUGAAUACUGUACAGGCUUCACUUCAAUGGGAACAAUUUAAGUAAUUAAGUGGAAUGUAUGCUGCCUUUUAGAUACAGAUAUUUAACAAUAUUCUGAGUUGCACAGACAUAUAUUUUAAUUAUUUUCUUUUAAAUAAAACAGUACAUGAUGCAACAGUCAAAUGAUGCUGCCAUAUGUAUUACAUAUUUAUCUGUUAUUUAAACAUAUAAUCAUUUCAGGAAUUUAGUAUUUUAGUUGCCACGGUUACUUUAUUUCAUGCAAACUCUUUCGAUGGAACCCAGGUCUAUUAAAUUAAAGUCUACGAGAUGUCAAUAGCGAUGUUCUAUAUUUAGCGAAUGUGUGUGUGUGUGUGUGUUUUUUUUUGUUUUUUUUUACUGAGGUUUGAAUAUAAAGAUGUAUUGUUUGAGGUGAAACUAGAAAAAAAGUACCGUAGACAAACUGUGGCUAAUGCCUUUCUACUGCCUUCUUAGUUUCGUAAACCUUUUUUUCUGGAUUUUUGAUUGAGUAUUUUUUUUUGCUUUCUUUUAUUGUGCAGCAAAAAGCUACAAAACUCAUCCCAAGUGGCGAACCAAGGUUAUUUUUCCUGCACACUUCUGCCACAUUUCUUGUUCAAUCAUUGAUACAGUACUGAGCAGUCGAUAUUAUUAUUAUUCAGGAGUGUGCUUCUUUCCUUUCAUAGUGCUGCAUACCAUUUACUUCACACAAAAGCAAACAUGGCUGAAUACUUGACUGCAGAGAGUGAGAAAUGUUUUUGUUCUGCGAAGGCCAAAUUUAAAACUUGUAUAAAUCAGAAGCUACAAUAGUACUUUGACUCAGAGUUUCAACUUUGUAAUUUUGAAACUGGAUACUCUUUAUGUUGUAUUCUUUGCACUGUUACCUAAAUAUCAAAGUGCAUUCACAGUUUGAUUGCUGAAUUAAUCACCCAUAAUUAUGUUGCCCAGUAAAGCAAAGGUAAUACAGUAGCUGUUCUAGCACAGAAUAGAAACAUGUCAGAAGGUAUGCAUAUUAAUGCCACACAGGUGUUAAUCAGAGUAUAAUAAAACACGAUACAUAUUCCAAAACAAAAAGGCAACUCAAUUGAAAGGAAAGCUACGUUAGCAUGACAAAGAGAAAAAUGUUAUAAAAAAUGCCUGUGAUGAAUUGGAAUGUCAUGGAGUCCAUACUCAAUACAGAGUAUGUCCUGACAUAAUAAAUGUAAGGUCUGUUCUGUGGCAUAAUUUACGAGCUAUCUAAAUAAAUUAUCACAUGCCAGAGGUUUUCAGACUUGUAGGACCAAUAGAAUAAUGGCUGGCAUUAUUUCCGAAUGAUAAAUGUACUGUGAGCUGUAAUGGGAUCUGUCGGAGUAAAUUCUCAGCCCCAUAGCUACUUGAAGUAAAGCUUGUGCAUCCUGAUUUUGCUUGUCUGAUCUGAUAUUUUCAAUAGGCGAUUUGUUUGUGUCUGCCAUAAUUCAGGUGACACAGAUUGGGCCCAUGUUCAUUUGGAAAUCUUUUCUAGCAUGCAAAACAGUAAAGUAUCAAUUUGUAUUUAGCAUCUUGUUCCCAGUGUUUCUGUUAUACCUGGCUUCACAACUGGGUUGCACUAAAGGACAGAUGCCAGUGCCCAUCCUUAAUAGUAACCACAAAUUUACUCUAUCUUCUCCAUCAGUGAUUUCAUUAAAUGUUUGCUUUGAUUAGUUUCUACUGCAGUGUAUUCAAUGGGGUAUUGAUUUGCCAUCCUAUUAUUGUUGCUGUCACAAUUCAGACAAAGCAGAUUGAUUGAUGCCAGCAUUCCUCUCGCAGGUAUUUGUUUGCCAGUGAUUCACGAUUGUUUGUUCUUUCUGUUUUUGAGCUCGUAAGGUCCUCACGUAAAGAUCAUAAAUCAUACGAGUGCUACUGGAGAAAGGAAGGCUAUUUGAGAUCUAAAGUUCAAUCCAUUUACAGCAGGUUUACAGCAGGAUUCAUUUCUACAUGGUUUUGUGGGGAUUUCUUUGGACCAAAUAAAAUCAUGUUUCUUAAAAAAUACUGUCCAAAACCACUAUCGUUUCCUAAAGUAUAUUGCAGUCUAUUAGUAUUGCUUUCCUGUAUAUUUUGUUCUUGAAAUAAUUAGAAUUUCUUCCCUUGUAUUGUUACUGUUUAAUAAAUAUUGUAAGUUACAUGGAACUAUCUCCAGCUCAUGACAUAACAUGAGCUCCACCCCUCAUAAUUUCUCAGUAAUUAUUUUACCACAAAUGUGUUACUGAAACAGUGUUUUUCUGUUAUUGUAGCUGAGGAAAUAUGUUCCAUGUUCUGUUAAAGGUCAAGUGUUGUCAUAAAUGUAAAAGCGAUUACAAUGUUGAUUGGAAUAACCUCUGUACUGUACUAUGCGACACAUAGACAGUGUAUGCACGCUACAACUAUAUUAACAGAAUCAUUAGAUUUUGUUGGAAGAGUACCCUGACACAUAUUUUAUUGAAAAUGUAAAGUCUGGUUUAAUAUAAUGUUAAAGUCAUCCGUAGUGGAACAUUAGUAUGUAUUGGAAUAGAUUUUCUCUUGGUUAAUCCUGAAUGGAUCUUUUUGACGGUGGAUUUAAGUAUUUAAAUGAGUGCUCUCAAAUGGUCGACACUGUACACAGUCAUAACGUUUUAGCAAGCUGUCGAAGUCUGCACUGUUUUAAACUUACCAUAACGGUAAACAGUGUUUGCAUGAAAAGGACUAAUUUGAAUACAAAUAAAAUAUUAAUUAAUGCUGUAAUUCAGAAGCUGCUUCUUUCCAUUUAAAAUAUAAUUAUUUAAAUUUCCUGCAAAGCACUUACAGAAAUAAACAAAUUGGGCUUUACAUUUGUGCUUUUUAAGUUGCCAAACAAUGCAUAGGCCUACACAUAUCAUUUAUUGUUUUACAAAACUUGGCCUUUAAUUUUUAAUACUGCUGUAUUAAUUAGAUGUUUUUUGCUACAUCUCUAUGAGAUGCUUGAUUUUUAUUUAAAUUAAUGAUUUCAUAUUGAAAAGUAAGAGGUUUGUCUGGUAUAUUUCAAACUUGUGCAUGUAAAACAUUAUUUAGUGCAUUCUUGUGGAAUUUUAUAAUACUGUGAGUAAAUAAAAUAUUUAUAUCAGCA